UUUUUUUUUCUUCAUUAAUGCAAAAACACCAAGAUCAGAUACCAAAUAAACCAUUAGGUCUUAUUGAGCAUGACUAUUUUUCUUCUUCUGGGUCUCGAGAACCACAUCUGACAACCCUUCAAUCGUUUCAAUCCUUACCUCCUAAUAAUGAAAAAAGGCCCAGCUCCACUCGUCGAGGAUUCAAUCGAUUCGAAACAGCACCUCAAGAUGGUUGGAAACGAAUCAAGAAAUGGAUGGGUAGUCGUAUCCAACUUCCUGUUAAACAAGCAACCCAUAAUCUCGAACGACAAGCAGAAGUCAAUAUGAUUACACCACUUGUCAUGGCCAUGAGUUUUUCUCGAGACGAAAACAAUGCAAGACGAAUGCCUAUCUUCCUCAACAGCAUGACAGUCAGAGUCACUAAAGAAGACCAAGAAGACCAAGAUCCUAAAAAGUCCAAGUUUCGUGGUACCUUGUUCAAAAUUACUGUACAAUAUGGUACUGGAUCUGGGAAAAUCACCUGGUUUGUGUAUCGUCGAUAUUGGGAUUUCGUCAAGCUGCAUUACCGGUAUAAAACAAUAAGUAAUAAUACACACAGUAUACGUACACCCAAGUUCCCCAGUAUACCAAAAGAUCAUUUUCGAAAACAAAAGAAAAUAAGCCCAAGCAGACAGCAAAGUGCUUCUGACAUCAAUCAGUACACACCAUUGGUGAUGGACGAAGAGACUGUUAUGGCACUUGCUACUGUGCAUGAACAAGACACACCUUUACAAACACCAGCUGCAAGCGUUAUAUCCAGUCAGGUUGUCGAUAUUGUCAAGGCAGAUCAAAAAGUAUUACAAGCGAUGGAGGACUAUUUAAAUCAGUUUAUUAUCUCAAUCGGGCCUUGUGGACACACCAAUCGACUCUGCAAAUUUUUAGAAAUUUCAGCCUUGGGCAUGCAAUUGUCUGCCAAAUACGUGACAAGUUAUCAUGGGAAAGAAGGAUAUGCUUUUUUCCAGAGCAGAACAGAUCGUGAUCCUAGACAUAAGCGAGCAUUUAUGCAAGACAGUAUGAUGUGUGUCUUGCCAACAACAGGAAGCAAAAGAAGAUGCAAACCUAAAUGGUUUCUUGUGCGUGAUAGUUAUAUCGUAUGCGUGGACGAUCCCAGUCAAACCGAGAUUUACGAUGUGUUUCUGUUUGAUCAAGCUUUUGAUAUUCAUCGACUUGGGUUUUUUCAUGACAAGCGAGCACAUGCAAAAACCGGUCGAAAGAAAUUCAAAAAUGCCAUUGCAAAUGCUUCUCACUGGACUUCAGGUAAAUCCACCUUGUGCUUUAAAAACAUGAAUGGUGUUUAUCAUUUUCGAACAAAGAGUGAAUAUGCUGCGAAACAGUUUGAGAGAUCAAUCUUGCUUGCCAAGCAAAACUCAAUCUGGUGUCAAGAGAAUCGGUUCAAGAGUUUUGCCCCUAUACGUGACAACACACCAACGACUUGGUAUGUGGAUGGAAGAGAUUAUUUUUGGGAUGUAUCGGUUGCUCUAGAAAACGCAAAAGAAUGUAUUUAUAUUCAUGAUUGGUGGUUAUCUCCAGAACUAUUUCUAAGAAGACCAGCAGCUCAACAUCUCGAAUGGCGACUUGAUCGUGUCUUGAGACGCAAAGCAGAUCAAGGUAUAAAAGUCUAUAUUGUGAUGUACAAAGAAGUAGCCAUGGCUCUUCCUUUGUUCUCUCACCAAGCAAAGCGACACUUGCUUUCUCUAUCACCCAACAUUUUCGUUCAACGACAUCCUUCCCGUGCUCUUGAUGUCUUUAACAAGGACAUGGUGUUUUUCUGGGCACAUCAUGAAAAGAUUUGUGUGGUCGAUCAUGAAGUGGCCUUUAUUGGUGGCAUUGACCAAUGCUUUGGACGUUGGGAUACACCUGCUCACCAAGUAGUGGACGAUGCGAGUCCUGAACUCGACCCUUCAAAUACACAUCCUCAAAUAUGGCCUGGUAAAGACUAUUCCAAUCCCCGUAUUAUCGAUUUCCAUACACUGGACAAACCAUUUGAAGACAAUCAGGACAGAACCUUAUUGCCUCGUAUGCCCUGGCAUGAUAUGUCCAUGCGCAUCGUAGGUCCGUCUGCACGAGAUGUCGCCCGUCAUUUCAUUCAACGAUGGAACUUUUUGCGUCGAAAGAAACCAGCGGCUCCUAAACGGCCUACGCCCAUGUUGGUGCCGCCACCUGAUACGUAUAUUCAUCAGAUCGGGCAGGAAGAUGCACGUAUUGGACAUCCCCAUCUUUCAACAUCGUGUCGAGUCCAAAUUCUGAGAAGUGUAUCGCCAUGGAGCAUAGGAUCCAUCGACUAUGUUGAACACAGUAUCCAAACAGCUUAUAUCGAAAGUAUUCGAGACUCCAACUACCUUGUCUAUAUAGAAAACCAGUUCUUUGUGACAUCAACUCAGAGUGGAAAUGCAGUGAUUGAGAACAAGAUUGGCGAUGCUUUAUUUGAGCGCAUUGUACGUGCCCAUCAACAGGGCAAGAAAUGGAGAGCGAUUAUUAUUAUACCCCUGGUGCCUGGAUUUCCAGCCAACAUAGAUGAAACAGAAGCCACAACAGUGCGUAUCAUUAUGCAGUGCCAGUACUUUUCUGUGGCUCGGGGACCCCAUUCCCUGUUGGCCAGAUUGCAUGAUGCAGGUGUCUUGAAUACGCAUGAAUACAUUAAUUUCUAUGGCCUACGUAAUUGGGGUAAAUUGAACGGACAAUACGUUACUGAGCAAGUGUACAUCCAUGCCAAGACCAUGAUUGUGGAUGACAAGACGGUCAUUAUGGGAUCCGCUAAUAUCAACGAACGAUCCAUGUUGGGUACGCGAGAUUCUGAAAUUGCUGCAUGCAUACAAGACGAAAAGAACUUGGUAGAAACAUUGUUUGAUAAUGUGCCAGUCAAAGUAAGCCGAUUUGCGCACACACUUCGUAUGCGACUCAUGUGCGAACAUAUCGGGCUGGAUGUGGACCGUAUGGACCGUGAACGAUACACACAAGGCGAUUAUUUCCAGCAACCGGUCUGGUCUGAUUGUCAUUUGAACGAAAGUGUGGAUUGUGUACCUCCUUAUAUUCAAGUCACAACGAACCCUACUGCCACUCAACAAGAAAAAGAUCAAAUUCAGCAAGAAGAACAAGAUGUGUUAUCCAUGUCUGAAUUAGAAGAUGUCUUUUCAGACAGUUCAGACAGUAGUGAUAGCAAUGGUCCGGCAGCCAAGACACAAUCGCCCCGUUCCUCUGUUCUUUCACCUGCCAAGUCUGUAUUUCAUAAACGCAAAAGUACAAAAGAAGACUACCUUGAUUUCUGGACCUCACUGGACCCAGACACAGACAACAACGGGGAUCGAAAAGCAUGGCAAGAGUUCCACGCCACAGGGCAAACAAAACCAGAGGCCAAGGCACUCGACACACGUGAGUUUGAACCCAAAUCCAAUUAUUAUAGUAGUGCAAGAUUAGAUCCACUCGAUAUGGAAAACAAGACGGUCGGCGAUGUCUAUCAAAUCCUUCAAGACCCACUUGCCGAUACAUUUCAAGUGUUUUGGCACAUGUUGGCCAGGAUCAAUACGGACUUGUUUCGCCGAUGUUUCUUGGUCACGCCUGAUAAUAACGUACGUAAUUGGGAUCAAUACCAUCAUUACAACAAGAUGGCAAAAUUGUUUUUAGGUCGUGUGGAUAUCAAGCACGGUGGUACCAAGACAACAGCGGCGGCUGCCAAUGUGACAGCCUUACCAUUGACCGAUCAUGAACAAGUAGCUGUACGACAAGUCUUGGCCCAUAUUCGAGGUCAUUUAGUCAUUUGGCCACAUCAUUUUAUGGAACAAGAUGAUGAACAAAAUCAAUUUUUAUUUAAUGUGGAUAAGUUCGCGCCGCUUGAGAUAUUUGAUUAAAUACAUAAUAAUAA